CCGUGGGCUUUGCAGGCAAUUGGAAGAUAUCGCUGCUAAUUUAUUCUCCUAAAAUGCAAAUUUUGUGGAUUCUGGGAGUUUUUAUUAUGGUUCUUAAUGAUUCCCAUGAUCUGUGAUACCUGCCAGUGAACCUUAGCUGGGAGCAAAGCCUCCACCUGGGUGCCCUGCAGACAGAGGAGAAGCCAGAAAUGUCAAUUGCCACUUGUUCUGUUAAACCUGAUUUCCUCCAAACCUGAAGUGGGAAUAUAUAGAAUGUAUCUGAAUCUCCAUAUACACUUUCUGCAUGCAAAUCACAGUUGUGGUGUGUUAAAUUGCAUCCUGAAGAGCCAGAAAAAAUAAACCAAAACAAGGGAGAAGCAAAUAUGAGGGACUGAAUCUUCAGCCCUGCUGGUCCUGAAGGAUCCUGAAGUACUUCACCAGCAACUACAAGCACGUCCUUUUUAGAAGUCAUUGAAGAGUCAUUGGAUUAUCUCAACCACUGACAUAAUCAGCACCACCCUGGACAGUGGGGAACAAAUUGUCAAUCACAAUCUGGGAUCACAUCAUGAAUUUUUCUAUAAAAACUGUCUAUGCAGGUUAAACUUUGUUUUCCUUCUUUGGAUCUCAAUGACAUUCGUGUGCUCGGGUUACCCCAUUGGCCCUUCCAAGAGCAACAAUCCUUUUUAUUUGAAUUGCCAGCUGUAUGGAAAAUCUGAUUAUUGCCUGCUCCUGCUGAAUAGCUGCUUAGCCCAGGUGGGCAGGGAUGAAGAACUGGCUCUUUUAAAGCCUCACCUGGAGACGCCUCUCGACAAAAGGUCCUUUCGCAACGGCGUGGGAUCGGGAAUUAAAAAAACUUCCUUUCGAAGAGCAAAGUCAUGAACAAGUGCCCCCAGCCACGGCCCCCAUUUUGAUAUCUGAUGUUUAACUUUGUGCUUAAAGAGUUAUUUUGAUGCUUUUCCAGGAUCAGACCAGCCCGUGUCCUCAGCAUGUAAGCGGGUGUUUGUUCCCGAGCGCACGAGCCGAGCGGAGCACAUGGGAUUGCUCGGAACGGGCUUCGUUCCCCAAAGUUACAGUGUCAUAAAGCUUUGUUUUGGAAUGAAUGUUUUCCGUUGGUUAAUUCCCCUUCUUUGUAAAGCUACAGAUUUAAUCAAGUUGCUUUUGAUUAAUACCAAGAUAAUCCUAUGCCGUGAGUAGAUGUGUGUUCGCAGCCUGUGGGGAGGACGGAGAAUAUUAUUCCCAAAAUCCCUCCUCUCUGCCACAGAGACAAACGCAAGGCAAUCCUCUGCUUUCCUGUCCCAAAUCACAUUUACUUGAAGGCAACUGCUCUGGCAACUUUAAUACACAUUUAAAGUACAUUUUAUUUCAGAUUUCCAAAGACAUGAAGGGCCACUGAUGAAAGGCAGAAUCGGGCCCUACUUGUGACUUCCACUGGCUUUUUAAUAUAGUUAUUUAAAAUUACUUUAGCAGGGAAUAAUCUCUGGAGAUGUGUCAGCUCAUUUCCAGGAGAGUCCUGGGAAAUCACUGUAAGGCAGGGUAUCAGCACUGCUCCCUGUGCCUCAGUUAAUUGACUUAGGUAGCAACACACAGCUGAGGAAAUGUGCCAAAUGUGGGAUUUUUUUAAAUUUCCUGUUAAAAAAAUAAAAAAAAGAAAAAGGUAAUUUUGUCUGAAAAAGGGUAAAUGCGAGGUGCAGGAAAGGUCAUCUGCUGAGUUACACAUGUGUGGGUUCUACCUUGUUUCCUCCAAGUGCUGUGACACUGGCUUGAAACGUGGCAGAGUGUCCAUGCAAUUCCUUUUGCAUUCAAAGCUAAGAUACUAAUAAUAAAUCAAUAGAUGGAUGUUUUCUAAUAUUUCCCUGUUAAAGAUCAUAACCCAGGAGAUUAUUAUUAACCUUACAAAAAGGUGGCAUCACCACCUCCAUGAUGCCCAAUCCUGUUUUUUGCACCUCUGAGCCCAUGGGGAAAAGUGACCCGAUCGUGGAGCUCUUUUGGUGGGAUAUCAGGUUUCUGCAUGAUUCCUGGCUGAUUCAGGGAGAUCAAACACACUCCUGUCUGUGUUUGUCCGAGCUGAAAAGUUUAAUGCUUCAUAGUUUUUAGAGCUGCUUAAACACUUGGGCUCCUUUGGGGUAGUGCUGGUCUCUAGGUUGCUUAGCCCUUGCAUCUCUUUGUCGAGUGUCUCCCAGAAAACAUUAAAAAUUUAUAAGGAAAAUGUCAGAUAUUUGUUAUUCUCCUGCACUCUGUCUCCUGUACUGUCAGAUGAGCAGGGCAAGAGCAGUGACACGAGGAGUUCCACUGCAGCAGGGCAUUUGUCCUGUUCCACUCUUGGCUGCUGUGAUUUUGGCCACAGCAGUCUCUUGCAAAUACAAUUUUCCAACUCCAGCAGCAUCCAGGCCU